AUGGCCGAACGCCGAACAGCGACUACAUCAUCUGAAAGACAUUCACUAAACACACAAGGAAACCAUCAUGAUUCUUCUGACACGGAUAAUGAACAGAAUUCUACAGAUGCUGACUUGCAAUAUAUGUUAACGAAUCUAUCACAAAAUGCAGUUGGUGGCGGGGACUCAAAUGGUUCUCAAGCUCCUAGCAAUUCAGAACAGCUACAGAUAUCUACGAUACAGCGGGAGGAUCAUGCCAAGACUGUAGAUGAAAUAUUUGCGUUCAUUAACGAAGGACUGUCGUCGCACGAGAAUGCUCUCAUGGAACGAUCAUCUUUGACACUUGAUAUCUGGUCGUCCAGUCAGCACGGUUCAAACAUAGUAAAUUCACCAGGAUUUAAGAGUGGUAAUAUCGUCAACUUCAAUCGUCCGGAUUCGUUGAAAGAUCCAAAUCCAGAGAAAGAAAUUGACGAAUUUUUACCCGAGGAGAAAACAGUGGAUUUAAGUUUAACCACAGCGUCAUGGAAGGGUCGUACACCACCUGUUGAGCUAGUGGAGAUUGGAAUUGACGAUAUACAUCACUCAGCAAAAGGCAUGUCAUCUCCUCUAAAGAGCGAGGAAUCUAAGCAUCAAAGGUCAGAUUCCUUUGAAGAUAUUCCAGGAAGUGGCAAAUUUGUAAGAAAUAUUGACGUUAGACAAAAACAUACCAUUCAAAAAUCAGAUAAAACAACUGCAUCAAGUAGUAGGACUGUGAGUAAAGAUCUUAAUAGACCAUUACGGGUCAAAAUUCCACAGAAGGAUUUGAAGGUGAAAUCAAAAGAUCUUAAAAAGAAACGCAGAAGGAGUCCGAGUUUAACUAAGCCAUCUAGCGCACAACAGUCGACCAUGGGUGAAACCAGUCCUUCAAAACACCAUAGAACAUCUAGAGAAAAAGUCAGCGAUACAGUAAAUGCAACAGAAGAAUUCAAUAUAUAUGGUCGCGUUACACAAGGACAAACAGCGCUUACUAAUAAUGCUUCAACGAGUAGACGUCAUGAACCUGGUACGAUUCAUGUUAGACUGGAUUCUCAGGAUCCCAGGUUGUCACUUGUUCCUUCUAAAUUAUCUUAUACGAAGGAACCCGGAGCAAAGGAAGAAAAUAUCAAAGUCUAUGUAAACGUGAAUGUCAAUAUGAAUAAGGAUAAACACAGACCAACAAUUAACGAAUUUGAUUAUAGAGGUUAUGGAAGGCCAAUGUUAACGGAACACGAUUUGUCGGACAGGAGCAGUUCGACAUUAAGCGAGAAUGGUUAUGAAAACAGCGAUAUAGACAGUUCCAUUGCCUCGGAUCGUUCUUUAGACAAUAAUCAACUAUCGCCGAUCCCUACUAAUAUUGCGCCAUUCCAACCAUCAAAUGAUCUAUCUCAACUAACUAUCGAUCACUUCAGGACGACUCACAAGCUCGGGCCAGGUGGUUUAUCUCCAAUACCCAGUGAAAGUUAUGAAUCAGAUACUCCAAAUUUUCCAUCCGAUUUUUCUGACCUGAAACGAACACCAACUAACAGUGAUGGUUCUUCUGAUUCCACAAUUAAAGGUAUUGCUUCAGUAGUUGACUUCGAUGACGAAGAUGAAUUUCGACAAGUCGCAUCAGCAUCCAAAAGAGGUUCCGGGAAAACCAAGCUUAGAAAAAUAUCACUUGAAAAUGAGAAGUCAGAAAAUGACAGAUCUGAUUAUAAUCGAAGCAGGUCCUACAGUCAACCAGAGCAAUAUAUUUUAGAUAAACGACAAAAUGCAUUUCUUAAGAUGGAGAUGGGUCUUCCAUCAGAGUACCAUAAACGACUGGAGAAGAUCCCAAGUGACCCUUUUUCCGAUACUCAGAAAGCGCUUUCCUUUCGCCUGCAUAGACGAUCGGUCGGUGACGAAUCGACAGAUAGAGCCUUUUACAUUGGCGAUGAUGAGACAGACUCGAUAAAUUUCUACAGCACUCUAACAAGACGGUCAUCCUGGAACCCGAGGUCACCCUACAGUUCUCGUGUCAGUAGAACAUCAUCAAUAUUGUCAGACAGUUCUAGAGGCGAAAGAAGAAUCAGACAGUUGUCAGUUGAUAUUGGGGAGGAAUGGGAAAAUAUUCAUCAACCUAUUCGACCUAGAACAACGUCUGACGUUGGAUCUGUGUCUAGUGGAUUUUCAUACCGGAGUCUCAGGAAAACACAACAAACGACGGAAAUGCUGGCAGGAACUGAAGCUAUUUCGUUUGGAAGUGUUCCCUUCAGAGAGAGAAUAGAAUCUAUCGUAAAACCUGGUGCUUUGGUAGCUGAUGAUAUAGUUCCGGGCGAUAUUCAAGUAACUGCGGAGAUCGAAUCUCCAGUGGCUGAGAUUAAAGAUGUAAAACCGGAUGUUGCUGUGCCAAUAGUAAUUGAAGUAACAGAGCCAGAAGAAGAAUUAGAAGAAAGGUCACCGAAAAUAAGAUUCCUUUUAGACAAUCCGUAUAAUUCUAUUAAUCAAAAAUUCCACUCUGCCCUACAUUGCCCAUGCUUUCUAUUCUUUUGUUUCCUGUGCUGCUCCCCCGCUGUAUACUGGAUGCAACGAUCCGACUACGAAUUUGACUAUGCUUCAGAAAAACUUGCUAAACGUUACGGUAGGCGGGCAACCGUGUUAUAUAUAAUUGGUAUAGCCUUGUCCAUAUUUUUAUUUUCUGCAGCUAUUGCGACAACAUAUUUCCUUCUUGAACAAGAACUGACACGCAAGGGACACUUGAAAUGA